CUUCACACCUCCUCCUCUUCCUUCUUAAAAUUUCAGCUUUGCACCUUUAAAUUAUUUAGUUUUUGCGAGUAACGUUAAUUCGUAAGUUUGUUUCGUAAUUACUUUUCAUUGUCCUUUGUGAUUUUAUGUUAAUAACUUAAUUACUUUUCAUUGUCCUUUGUGAUUUUAUGUUAGUAACUUAAUUACUUUUCAUUGUCAUUUGUGAUUUUAUGUUAGUAACUUAAUUACUUUUCAUUGUCCUUUGUGAUGUUAUGUUAGUAACUUGUAUUACUUUUCAUUGCAGAUGGCAUUCCAAAGGUUCACGCUUGGGUUGCGGUGGAAUGGUUACACGGAAGAGACCGAAAAGGGUGUAAGUUACGUCGGUGGCAAUUUUUAUAAAAUGAAGGUUCGUACGAGACAGAUGCUUGAAGAGCUCCAUCAAAUGUGCACUCAGAUUACCUUCAUGGAUGGCACUAGAAGAGUUGAUCGAAUGGUGUAUCGAUAUCCAAACAGACAUGACGGGUCGUUGUGGAAUGAGGAAUUCCUCCUUACCAUUCAGGAGGACGUUGAUGCCAUGGUCCAAUUUUUGACCACCAAUAAAAUUAAGCAAGCGGAGAUGUUCGUUUACACCGAGGCCGUCGAAGGCAGUGUAGGUCAUUCUGGAGAUGGCCAAACAUCUGGUAUCCACGGUGGGAGUGUAUUAUACGAAGAUCAUCCCCACCAGGAUUUCCAAGACUCGAGCUGGAGGCAGGAGUAUCAUCAUGGAACUGGAGGAAGUAAAUUAUAUGUACCUUGUGGUCGUUCCAAACGUCUCUUGAACGAUGAUUUGCUUGAUCGUAUAAAACUGUCGGAUCAAUCGGUCCUUGAUCAACAUAAUAUCGUUGAUUGAAAAUAUCAACAUCCGGCCCAACCUACGAUAGCAUAACAAUAACAUAAAUCAUUAGUAUAUAAAUUAAAUAAAUCAUUAUAACAACAACAACAAUUGGGAACAUUAGUACGUAUCGUUUGAUAAUCAUCAUAAAAAAGGCCCUCUUCUUGAGCGAAAUCGACCAUUCUCUUAGAAUCCGGACAGAGGUUCGACGGUUUUUUAGUGAAAACCAAAUAAAUUUUUUUUUUGUAGGCAGAUCGGACUUAGCCGCAACCAACAAAAUAACUAAUUCUAA